CCGUCCGGCUUCAUCCUCUGUGCGCAUGCGCGUCGAAGUCAGAGGCUUUGAAGAGAAUGGCGGCAAAGCUUCCAAGCGGCGGGAAGGGCGGCAUCGCCGAGAAAGAGCCCGGCGCCAGGCCCAAGGAGAGGAGUGAGUGCAGGGGAAGAGUGGUCCCUUCAAGGUACAUGGAUUAUGGGAAGAAAGUGGAUGGAAAGUCCAUCUUAGAGAGCAGCCUGCAGGCUCCUAAAGGCCAGGAGAAAUCUUUGAAAAAGUUGACUACACAGGUUGCAAAAGGCAAAGCUUCAGCAGCAUUGCAGUCUACACUGCUGGACAGCCAUGAAAGUGUCCCUCCAACUCUGGAAGUGUCGGCCAUUAAAGCCACAGAGGCCAGUAAGAAGCAAACCCCCACCAAGAAGAAACAACCCUCCAACAAGAAAAAGCAACCCUUGGUCGAGACCUUGAUUCAGAUCCAGGAUUUUCAAUCGCUGCUCUUGACCUUUGCGGCUGUUCAGAUAGAGAAGAACCUGGCCCUUUUGGAGCAUGAAGGCGAGGGGAAACUGGCCAUCCUCUUGGAGGGGAGAGACCAGCUCCAGAGAGAAGCCAUGCACAAGGGAGGCUUGUUAGCGGAGAGGCAGAGACGGAGGCAGCUCAGCAACGCCUUGGAUGCACAGCUGGAAGCCCUGGGAUCCAUGGAGGAGCAAGGCAACCGCUUCCAGCAGGAAUACCAGGCUUUUGCCACUGCCCUGGAUGCCACACGUCAUGCAUUGCCCGUGAAGGAGAUCUACGUGCCAGAGGACAUGGGGCGAUACCUAGCUGAUCUGGAAACAGCCCUUUUGGAAAACAAACAACUUUUGGCUGAAGCCCUCAAGGAGCCCAGCAAGACCAAUGCCAAUGUCCGGAGGCCAGCCCAGGAAUUGCAGCAGGCAGCCCGGGAAGUGGCUCAAGAGCUGCCCAGGGCCUUUUCAGAGGUGGUUGAGCUCUCUGCAGAUGUCAGCAAGGAGGUCUCCCUGGUGGCCCAGAUGGCUGGGGAGGAGGCCAUGGGCCUGGAGGUGGCGAAGCUGCUCUAUUUUGGCUAGGCUUUCCAUGGGAUAUGGCUCUUCCACAGUCACAAUUGCACUUUCCAUAAGUCAGAAUUGCACUUCUUUGUAUAACAACAUGUUUGUAUUUUCUCA